CAGAUAAGAAAGAAAGAAAGAAAAGAUAGUUUACAGUCACAGAGAUACUUUUCUUUCUCUCAAUCUCUCCAUCCCUCUCCAUUUCCCGCUUCCCCUAAUCCCCAUCCUUAAACCCCUUAUCUCUCCAUCUAAGGUUUCUUUGUUUUCGUUAUUACACAGUGAUGAAACCUGCUGCCUCUUUGCAUGGUUCCUUUUCUUAUCCUUCUUCAUCCAUCUACUUCGAUGCUCGCAGACCAGUUACGACUCCAUCGAAAAUGGCAGCUUUCAGUGCUCUAUCGCUUUCCCCUUACACUUUCACCUUCCGACAAAGCUCUCGAGUUAGGUCUACCAUUUCGUGCUCCGUCACUUCUCCUCCUGCCUCUUCGGGUACAUCUUCGUCCUCUAAGGCACCUCGUAGAAGAUCAGGUAGACUAGAAGGAGCUGGAAAAAGCAUGGAGGACUCUGUAAAACGUAAAAUGGAACAGUUUUAUGAAGGAACAGAUGGACCUCCGCUCCGUGUUCUUCCCAUAGGUGGCCUUGGUGAGAUUGGGAUGAACUGUAUGCUUGUUGGCAACUAUGAUCGUUACAUUCUAAUCGACGCCGGUAUUAUGUUCCCUGAUUAUGAUGACCCUGGGGUCCAGAAAAUUAUGCCAGACACAGGAUUUAUUAGACGAUGGAAACACAAGAUUGAAGCUGUUGUUAUAACGCAUGGUCAUGAAGAUCACAUCGGUGCCUUGCCUUGGGUUAUUCCAGCUUUGGACUCUAAUACACCAAUAUUCGCAUCAUCCUUCACCAUGGAGCUUAUAAAGAAGCGGUUGAAGGAGCACGGGAUCUUCGUUCAGUCUAGACUCAAGACAUUUAAUACUCGAAGGAGAUUUAUGGCUGGACCAUUUGAGAUAGAACCCAUUACAGUUACUCAUUCUAUUCCUGAUUGUAGUGGUUUGGUCCUCCGUUGCGCUGAUGGUAAUAUUCUUCACACCGGAGACUGGAAGAUUGAUGAAGCACCUUUGGAUGGAAAAGUCUUUGAUCGUGAGGCUUUAGAGGAACUCUCAAAGGAAGGAGUCACGUUGAUGAUGAGUGACUCAACAAAUGUAUUGUCACCGGGAAGGACAACAAGUGAAAAAGUGGUAGCAGAUGCUCUGGUGAGGAAUGUAAUGGCGGCCAAGGGAAGAGUUAUCACAACUCAGUUUGCCUCCAAUAUACACCGUUUAGGAAGUAUUAAGGCUGCUGCUGAUUUAACUGGUCGAAAAUUGGUCUUUGUUGGUAUGUCCUUGAGGACAUAUCUAGAAGCAGCUUGGAAGGAUGGAAAGGCUCCAAUUGACCCGUCAAGUUUGGUGAAAGUCGAAGAUAUUGAAGCAUAUUCUCCUAAGGACUUGCUGAUUGUCACGACUGGAUCACAAGCAGAACCACGCGCUGCCCUGAAUCUUGCAUCAUAUGGAAGUAGUCACGCGUUCAAACUGACCAAGGAAGACAUAAUUCUUUACUCAGCCAAGGUAAUCCCAGGCAAUGAAUCACGAGUAAUGAAGAUGAUGAAUCGAUUAGCAGAUAUAGGGCCAAAAAUUGUCAUGGGUAAAAAUGAAAUGCUGCACACAUCUGGUCAUGCCUACCGUGGAGAGUUGGAAGAGGUUCUUAAAAUAGUGAAACCACAGCAUUUUCUACCCAUACAUGGAGAACUCUUGUUUCUCAAGGAGCAUGAGUUGCUCGGAAAGUCCACCGGGAUUCGUCACACUACAGUUAUAAAGAAUGGAGAGAUGCUUGGAGUUUCUCACUUGAGAAAUAGAAGAGUUUUGUCCAAUGGAUUUAGCUCUCUUGGGAGGGAGAAUUUGCAGUUAAUGUAUAGUGACGGUGAUAAAGCAUUUGGCACAGCAAGUGAACUCUGUAUUGAUGAGAGACUCAGAAUUUCAUCGGAUGGCAUUAUAGUCCUGAGCAUGGAAAUCAUGCGCCCGGGCGCCUCGGAGAACGCUUUGAAAGGGAAGAUAAGAAUCACAACGCGAUGUAUGUGGCUUGACAAAGGAAGACUUUUAGAUGCACUUCACAAGGCAGCACAUGCUGCUCUAUCAAGUUGUCCUGUUAACUGUCCCUUGUCUCACAUGGAAAGAACAGUCUCCGAAGUCCUGAGGAAGAUUGUGAGGAAGUACAGUGGUAAAAGGCCUGAAGUCAUUGCCAUAGCCAUGGAAAAUCCCAUGGCGGUCCGAGCUGAUGAGGUCAACGCGAGGAUGUCCGGUGAUCCAAAUCUUGGCUCUGGAGUUGCAGCUUUAAGGAAAGUUGUGGAAGGAAACAACAAAAGAAACCGAACCAAGAAAACACAAUCGCAAGAAGAUGAGAUAAUUGAUAGUAGUGCAGGACUACUAGCUGAGGAAGGAACCGCUUCAUCAACGUACACAGAAGGUGCUGAAGAUGUGCCUGUUCGGAGUUCUUCAGAAGAAUCAGAUGAUUUUUGGAAAUCAUUCAUCAAUCCACCAUCACCACCUUCACCUGGCGUAACCGAAAACGUGGAUAAGUUAACUGAUGCAGAGGCUAAAACAGAGGAUAGCGAAAACAGUAGAGAAGAGAAGGAGGAUGAUGAUACAUCUGAUUCUCAAACGAAGUCGUCAACAAAACGAGUGAGGAGGAACAAAUGGAAGCCUGAGGAAGUUAAGAAGGUAAUCAGAAUGCGUGGAGAGUUGCACAGCAGGUUCCAAGUGGUGAAAGGUAGAAUGGCUUUGUGGGAAGAGAUCUCUUCAAAUCUAUCUGCUGAAGGAAUCAACAGAAGCCCGGGACAGUGCAAGUCUCUGUGGGCGUCUCUUAUUCAGAAAUACGAGGAGUGCAAGGCUGAUGAAAGAAGCAAGACGAGCUGGUCACAUUAUGAGGAUAUGAACAACAUUUUGUCCGAGUUAGACACACCUGCGCCUAAGUAAUGUGAUUACAUUACAUUUUAUCUUGCGAAAAGAGUCAUCUCCAAAUUAGCAUAUUCAACAAAGACAUUCAAUGUAUUAUGUAACAAUGUAGAAGCCAUUAAAACAAGAAUGCCUCCCAAGAAAGAAGAAAGCUUUGAGUAGAAUGUUUAAUGACUCACUUUUGUGUUUGUUUGGUUU